UCCUCCCAUCGCUGUCCCCGCCCGCUGGGGACACCCCGGGGCGGAGCCCCGCAUGCGCUCGGGGCCCGGCGGUGGCCGCGGUGGCCCCGGGGACGCGGAGCCGGAGGUGAAGGCGCGGGCACAAGGACGACGUCCCCCAGAGCCGUGCUGCCGGGGGAGAUGACGGCCAUCCUGGAGCGCCUCAGCACGCUGUCCCUCAGCGGGCAGCAGCUCAGCCGCCUCCCCCGGCUGCUGGAGGACGGCCUCCCUAAAAUGCCCUGCACCGUCCAAGAGGCCGAGGUGCCACAGCUCUUUCGGGAGCCCUACAUCCACGCCGGGUACCGUCCCACCGGCCAGGAGUGGCGGUACUACUUCUUCAGCCUCUUCCAGAAGCACAACGAGGUGGUCAACGUGUGGACUCACCUCCUGGCGGCGCUGGCCGUGCUGCUGAGGUUCAAGACAUUCGUGGAGGCCGAGCAGCUGCCCGUGGACGCGUGGUCCUUGCCUCUGUUCAUCUUCGUCCUCUCCUCCGUCACCUACCUGACCUGCAGCCUCUUGGCCCACCUGCUGCAGUCCAAAUCGGAGCUGUCCCACUACACCUUCUACUUCGUGGACUACGUCGGUGUCAGCAUCUACCAGUACGGUAGCGCCCUGGCCCAUUUCUACUACAGCUCCGACCAAGCCUGGUACGACAAGUUCUGGCUUUUCUUCCUCCCGGCCGCAGCUUUUUGCGGCUGGCUGUCCUGCGCCGGCUGCUGCUACGCCAAAUACCGCUACCGACGGCCGUACCCCAUCAUGAGGAAGAUGUGCCAGGUGAUCCCAGCCGGGCUGGCCUUCGUCUUGGACAUCAGCCCCGUGGCUCACCGGGUGGUGGUGUGUCACCUGGGGGGCUGCGAGGAAGACGCCGCUUGGUACCACACCUACCAGAUCCUGUUUUUCCUCAUCAGUGCUUAUUUCUUCUCCUGCCCGGUCCCUGAGAAGUACUUCCCCGGCUCCUGCGAUAUCGUUGGCCAUGCCCACCAGAUCUUCCACACCUUCCUGGCCAUCUGCACCCUCUCCCAGCUGGAGGCCAUUUGCUUGGAUUACAAGACCAGGCAGGAAAUCUUCCUGAAGAGACACGGGCCCUUCUCCAUCUAUCUCUCCUGCGGCUCUUUUUUCGGCCUGGUGGCUUGCAGCGCCCUCACAGCCUACGUCCUGCGAGGCAGGAUCAAGGCCAGCCUGGCGAAAAAGGACUCCUGAGGGGCGCGGAGGCCACGGGCAACGACACCACCGGGGUGGUGCAAACCAAGGAAAGGGGCAUAGCGUACUAGAGACGUAACUGGCUUGUUUGCCUAACACACUGUGACUAACCUGGACCUUGGACUUGGGUGGAGGGCUGGGUGCUGGAUAUGUUUUCACGGCAGGGGCUGCCUUCUGCCCUACGGGGGGACAGAGAGGGAUUAAGCCAGAACAAGGCACUUAACCAAGGAUGCUGAAAUAGGCAGAGGUUUCUUGUUCACUCUGGCAAACCUAGUUAUCUAGCUGGGAGCUGAACUUCAGGGAAGGUGGCCUGAGGGCUGUGAGGCUGUAGCGGGGUCUCACGAGGCGGUGGAGAACCCACCAUGAGGCCCAGAGGUGCACGUGGUGACCUCUUUGUGUUUUGCUGUCUCUGAGGAGACCUGUUAGCAUCACAGGCAGUAACAAGGUUUCAGGAGGAGUCCACACUUGUAGGGUUUGGUUGCAAAGGGUAUGUUGGAACAGUGGCUGCAAUAAUCCUUCUCCUAGCUGGGCUAAGCCAGGUUCUCUCGACGACCUCCUUCUCAAGUAUCUCAAUGCCAGGUGGCAUCAGCAAAGCAUCUAGACCUGGACUUGACCUUCUUUAGGAUGAACGGGGUCCGAACCUUUGUGUCUGCCUGGCACUGGUGUGGGCUCAGCCACCUCUGACCCAGGUGGGGAUGUCAGCUCAUCUCCAUCUCCUCCAUCUUCAUAGUUGCACCAUUUUAGAACCACAGAGCAGCUGGAAAAGACCUUAAAGAUCAUCUGGUCCCAGCCCCCUGCCAUUUUGUCUGCCUGUGUGUAACAAGUUCGUGCAUUCCUGUGUUGACUGACCCCGUAUCAUCUGCCACAGGAGGCUGGCUGACUUCCAAUGCAGCCCACAUGGUGUAGAAGUAACUUGGGUGUGAUCGGUCUGAUAGGGGAAAGGCUCUGGGCCCCGGGCCUCCAGCAGCCCUAGGAUGGUCGUAGACAAAAGGGGAUAAAAGUGAAGUGGAUGUGAAGCCUUUGUUCCCCUCUUAAUGGUUCUUUUUAGGAUGCCAAGCGAUCCUUGGUGGGCAUUGAAGCUGACUGUGAAGCUUCAAGGUUGCUCUUCUCUGAUGCAUAGGGCUGUGGAUCGGGCAUGUUUUUAUCAGCACUGGAUGAAGGUAGAGUGGUGAAAGGCAGGAGCAGGUUGACAGAAUUAAGGUUCUUUGUAGUCUUUGGGAUGGGUUUGUCCUUGGAACUUGGUGAGUUCCAGUUCAAGUGUGUAGGAAGGGUUGGUUUAUGGUGUCCACAAGUAGACGAGUCUCUUCUGGGUUUGCUGGGGGGAAUAUCAGGUAUGGAGCCGCAUACCUGUACUACAGUUGGUAGCACUUACAGGACUGAUGCUGAGAGCCCUCGCAGGGACCUGUUCCAUUCAGCCUAGGCACCUCCUGUCCGACCCACAGCUCACUUUCCACACGAAACUCGGGGUCCUCCCAGCUGUAUGCUGUGCAAGACCUGAAGCCUCAAAUGCCCUGACAUCUCCAGGAGGUGCAGCUCUUUGCUGAAAGCCAGGGAGACUUGGGAUCUACUCCAGCCGGGGAUCUCUCUCACCGAAUCCAAGGGCAGGCAAACGAAUUGUGGUUGCUGGUCCUGAGCAGGCAGGGUUUGGGGUUGGGGAUAUGAUUGAUCAUGACAAGCACUGAUUCCUGCACUUGAUCCGUUUUUUAACUAUUGAGAUGUGUUUAUGUGUGCGCGCGUGCCUGCUAUAAUAUCCAGGAAGGCUUUGCCUGUGGCUUUUUUGUCUGCAGAGCUUCCUAGUUGUGUCCAGAUGGGCUAAAACAGAAGGAGUGGGCACCGCUAGCAGCAAGCCGUGCUCUGCCCCUACCUGGUUAUACCGGUACCAAAAGGCAGAGAUCACCCGGGCGUUUCCUUCUCUAUGGCUUUGAAACUAGGUGAGAUGUUGAGCCCCUGGCUAAGGAGGAUGACUACAGUAAGGCCGCCCAGUUCACAGCGGGGUCGGAGGUGCCCCAUGAUUCUCCUGAGGUUCCUCUGGCCUUAUAUCAUCUCCUGCCUGCUCCAGCAGAAGUGAAACUUCUCCUUGUGGGGCAACCGUUGUGUGGCAGCACUGCUGUUUCCACAUCCUCCCGUGUUAGCCCUCAGCUGAGGCCACUCCUAGCCCCGUGGGGCCCUGCGCUCAGACCUGGAGCUGACCUCCUGGUCACUAUGAUGGGUUAAUUUAGCAGGGAGCCGCCACACGGGUGGCUGCUGCUGUGAGGAUGCACCCUUGGUGUCACAGGGGGCUUGUCUCCACUGGAGCUUCCUCCAUCCCUGUCUCCAUCCUCCUCCUCUUCCUCCAGUGAGCUUCUCUGUUUUGGGACUUCAUCCUUGUGCCUUACACACCUGGUUACCUACCUGUGCAGGCUCCACAUGCCGUGCCAUUGAUCUAGGGGAGAGCAGGGCUGCGUCCCGAGGGAGGAAAAGUGUCUCUGUGCUAAAUGUUCAGCCCACCUGAGGGCCUGUCGGGGUCUGCUCCUUGGGCUCGCUGCUUGGAGCUCGCCUUCCUCCAUCCUGGUGCUCCUAAGGAGGCACGGCUGGGAAGGGCGAAGAGGAGGCCACCAAAGGUUGAUCACGAAGGGACCCAAGUCCUAACCCUCACCCUCAGGAAUCUCCACUCCUGAGAUUGUUUUUUAGCAGCCUGGGUCUUCACAGAUCCACUGAGAAGUCAGCCCAACGUGCCUUACGCCAUCACCUCCUGGGAUUUACACUCUCUGCUGGUCCACUUUUACCGGGGACUGGCUUUGCCCAGCGUACGAGGCAGAAGGGGAGGAUGGAGAGAGGUGCCUUCAACUUGCCUUAAACUUGCAGUUUUGCCCAGUGAUUUGUGUAGCAGGGCAAGGACGGGUUCCUCAUGUGCCUUGCAAUUGACAGCUUUUACUGACGAGAUUGUUUUUAAGCACUGUUUGUUACUAAACCGAAGUACGGAAGAGUUUGUAUUAUUUUUUUCCCCUGGGAAACAGGGAAGGAUAAGGGUGUUAGAUACUAACCAUCCCCUUCCCGCCUCCCGUCUGCUGACGUCGCAUUGUUGGAAACAUUGACAAUAUUUUAAGCUUUGUACUGUACUGAUCAUUAUUUAAAAACCUUAGUGAAAAGAAAAAAAAAAAAGAAAACUGUGAAAGUAAACCGAUUGGUGUGGUGUGAAAUUGCCAAACGCACAAAGGUUGUGAGUCACGGGGAAGAAACUUCGGCCUUACGGGAAGAGUGGGCAAUAAUAAUAACAAUAAUUAACGCCGGGGUGUGAUUUUAUCUGUGUAUUUCAAAGCACAGGUUUCAUAGUAAUUCUGUGAUAAUUACGCCCUGACACUGAUUAGAGGGAUUAAGUUCAUCAUCCACAGGAGUAUUUGGGUGCUCGGUAUUCCUUAAUUUCUUCCAGAGGCGAGUACCUUAAGUGCCAUGGUCCUCUGCUCCAGGCCCAGCAGCCCCAGCUCUUUGCCUGUACAGAAGCCCAUCCUAUCCUACAGCCUUUGACAUCCCUGCCCAAAUUCAAUGCCAUCUGGGCUUUGGCUUUCCUAAAUUCAUCCCUGGGUGCUCAACCAUAUUCCUGUGUUCAUCGGAAUACAGGAACCUGUCCCUGCUUUCACCCUCUGCACGCUUCCCUUUCGUGUCAGGGUUUCGUGUUGAGGUUUUGGGGAUUUCUCCAUACUACGGCACUUCCUCGCUUCUAUGCAAACGCUGCGGGUGCCCCCGCUUAAACUUUGCUCUGUGGGUUUUAAUAUCCAUUUCUGCCAUAGCUCUCUGAGGUAUUUGCUUAUCAACCCUGUCCAUCGCUCCCUUGCAGGGGCUGGUAACUCUCCCUCACCUCUUAUUCCUGGUUCCAAGCCCUCCUUACCAUGUGCAAUCUCAUACAUGCUUCAUCCCUAAGAUAUACUCUCAAUGAUUCAGUCCCAUAAAAAAAAAUAAAAUGCAUUUUUUUCCUUUUAUUAG